AUGGACCAGAACACUUCCCUUUACUCGUACGUCGACCCCCAGGAGGAAAGACCGAUCUAUCCAACGGCGCUGCCGCCAUUCAACUCCGUUCACCCUGACCAUCUGCCUUACGGAACGGACCACACACCCUUCGCAACCAAUCUAAAUCGGAAAAUGCGUUUGGAAACCCAGGUUUAUCCUCUUCUGGAAGUCGCCCGUGGAGAUUCAUACUUGCCGUUCCCCAGAUCGCUGGCCGAAGAUGAUGCUGCAUACCAUAUUCGAGGAAAUCCAGGAAGAGAGUAUCCAUAUGGACAGGCCCCCAUGUUUUAUGAUAGCGACUAUCCAUCACCACCUGGUCCGCCUACCACUGAUCUUUCUUCCAUCCCGGAAACUGACCGGUCUCCUAGUCCACGGGCUUUCGAAAACUGCUUUUUCUCCUCGAUCGCACAUGGACAUCUCUCCCAUCCUGCCAUUAGGGACCUGGAAUUUGUUGGCUAUGGAUCUGUAGCCCCACAUGAGAUCCAGCAUAUUCCCGAUCCCGAUUAUCCAGACCCAGAUUGUCAGGGUGAUAAAAACACACAAAUAUAUAAUCCCAACCCCAGUUUGUGCAAUCCCGCGGGGCUAGGACUCGUCGACCACGAUAUGAGAGAUGAUGCGGAUGCCGAAGGCGAACCCGACUCGUCCUGUCAUCAUUUUCCGGAGACCAUACCGGUUCCAGCAGCGAAAAUUCCAAAAGCAAAAUCGUCGGCGCGAAAACAGCAAAAGAAAACAACAGCAAAGCCUGCUUCUCCUGUCAUUCGCAACAAGCGUGCUGCUGCUGCUGCUCCUCAUAGCCCCGGAAACAAGUCAAAGGUAGUCAAACCUGCAUCUAAGACCAGAGGCCCGCCGGGCCGUGUUUUCUUCUGCAGUUUCAAGCAGUAUGGCUGCACUAGUACUUUUAACUCCAAGAACGAGUGGAAGCGACACGUCUCCUCGCAGCAUCUGAAAGUCGGCUUCUGGCGUUGCGACCUCCCAGGAUGCUGUUCAUCGGACAAACCAAACGAUUUCAAUCGCAAGGAUCUGUUCACUCAACACCUACGCCGAAUGCAUAGCCCGGAUCAAAACAAAAAAGGAUCGACUGGAGAGCAAAGCGAAGAGUUUGAGCAGAGCCUACCUAGGAUCCACACCCGAUGCUGGAAGAAACAACGCGACGCUCCAUCCCAAACCCAGUGUGCGACUUGCAAUGUAGUCUUCACUUCCUGGGAGGAACGUAUGGAACACAUGGGCAAGCACUACGAAGGCGGCUCCUUUUGUGAAGAAAGCGAGGACCCUGGUCUUGUUAAAUGGGCUCUUCAUGAGGGUAUCCUCUGUAGGGGCCUGUCGAAAAGGCUCGUCUUGGCUAGCCUAGUGAAAACUUCUCACAGAAAGUAG